AUGGCCAUCGUGCUUGCAUCUCAAGAUCGGUAUAGCGGCAAUAGCUCUUGGCAAGAGCAAGUCGACAACAAUACGCUCUUGUUCUACGAGUCGGGCAGAGCAGGUUUGGGGAGCCAGAUAGACAACGUUGAUAUCGCCGCUUUCGGAGUAGCGGAAGUCGCCGCAGGCCUCGCGUACAACUCCAGCCAAGACCACCGGCUUUCUAUCGCCGAGUUCAACUACAACAUCAUCAACGAGGAUUUCAUCACGGACGGCGCAGCCCAGAAUGCGUCGUAUCCCCGCCCAUUGAACACGACUUGUGGAUCCACCCUCGGCGGUCUGCUCUUUGCCAGUCACAGCAACACCACCAAUCUCACCGUUCACGCCGAUGCCAUAGGAGCUUGGGUAGUAUUGACAGCUCGUCUAUACGAACUCACCCAGAAACCGACUUAUCUCGCUGCGGCGGAACAGUCUAUCCGGUUCAUGGAGAAGUACAUGAUCAACGUCAACGACUCUAACUCCGUCGUCUCGAGCACAUUCGACCCCACAACUUGUACUGUCAACACCACCGAUCUCGGUACGGCUAGUGCGGACUCGGUCGGGUACUUCAUCGAAGGAUUGAGCAUCGUGGCCAAUGUCACCGCGAAUGAGACAUACACCCAUAUGUUGGACGUGCUUAUCCCGGCUGUCGUGUCAUAUCGCAACUGGCACAACUCGGAUGGGGUCCUCACUGAAGAUACCGUCUGGAGCUCCAAGGGAACUCUCAUACGCGGACUUCUUGAGGCACGACUACGGAACCCAUCCAACGAAGAACUGAUCAAUUUGUUCAACAGUUAUAUCACGGUCCAGUAUAACGCUGUGCGGAACAACGCGUUCAUUGGUGGCAACGACUACGCUGUCUCGUGGCACGGUGGAUCUUCCGUGUCAGGCCAGUAUAAUACGGUCGGCAACGUUGAAGCUUUGGACGUUCUGAAUGCUGCCUUUGUGAUAGCACCUCCCGACGCUUCCCCAACUCAGAAUGCCAACGCUACGACAACCGGCGCCCCUGCGAAUUCCACAACAACGGCUCCUUCAAGUUCGUCAUCCAGAACCGCUUCAACUCGUGUCGGCACCAUCGUUGGCGCCACAGUUGGAAGUACUGUCGCAGCUGCUCUUGCCGUCCUCGCACUGUUCUUGUAUCUACGACGACGACGACGUGCACGCGAGAUGCCCGUGAACGACGACCUGGACGACGACGAAGACAGUGGCAACGCUGCCAGGAAACGUUCGGCCCGAGAUCCAGCGUUGGAACCAUUCAGCCUAGUUACGCCCAUAUUCGAUCGCACUAGAAUGGUGUCAGAGAAGGGUCGCUCUCAGCAGCGCGUAACACUUGGGCAGGAGUUCUACGGCAGCAACAACUCGUCCAGUACUCCAACAUCCCCAGAAGAUCACCCCUCGGAAGUCUCCCCCAUCACACCGGCCGUAUCGAGUGAUUCGGACGCCCUGCACGCUCUGGAAAGGAGGCUCGAGAGGAGGCUAGAUAACCUUAUCCAGACGCUAGUCGUCCACGGAGACACGGAGAGCAAUCCCCCAGAGUACGACGGGCACUACGUGCAUCGCGCCUAA